AUGAAGGGCACUUCUUUCCUCACUGCCUCCAUAUUCCUCUUUACCAUCGCCAGGGCAGCAGUCCUCUUUGAGGGCGGCACGAUAAUCUCAUACGACGAAGUGAACCAUAAUGUCAAGGUUCUGAAGGGCUACUCCAUGCUUGUUGAGAAAGACAAGAUCUCGGCGAUAUACGAUGCGUCCAAAAGCCGAAGCCUACCAACAGGCACAGAAAUAGUCUCUGCAGCUGGAAAGAUUCUGUCUCCAGGAUUCAUUGACACCCAUCGGCAUGGAUGGCAGACAGCAUUCAAGACUCUGGGGUCAAACUCGACACUGGCUGACUACGUAUUGCAAUGGAGUGAGCAUGGACCUGCAGGAACAAGGUUCACUGCCGAAGAUGUAUACUACUCGCAGCUUAUCGGCCUACACGACGCUAUCGAUGCAGGAGUUACAGGAAUCUUGGAACACGCUCACUGUACCUUCUCAAACGAGACUUCGAGGGCAAGUUUGCAAGCUUCCGUGGACUCUGGGUUGAGGAUAUGGUGGGCUUACGCCUUCCAUGAAUUGUCCAAUGGGUUUUCUGUCGAGGAGCAACUGGCCAACUUCCGCGAUCUAUACGAGAAAGACACAUGGAACAACAGCGCCGUCGAGAUGGCAAUUGGUUAUGAUCUUUUUGACAGGGCGUCCGAGGAGCAGUCACGACAAAUAAUUAAGCUUGCCAUUGAUUACAAUGUCAGUGCCUUAACAACCCAUUACUUAGGCGGGAGCCAUUUUGCUUUCAAUAGUCCCCAACUUCUCAACCAGCUUGGCUUGCUUAAUAUAGGUAUUCCAAUCAUUUUUUCCCAUGGGACAGAGAUAACUACACAGGAUAUUCUCCUUCUGAGAGAGCAUAAUCACUAUGUCUCUAUCACUCCCGAGUCCGAGAUGCAUUAUGGCAUUGGCUUCCCUCAUGGUUACAAGAUCCAGGACCAGGCAGCUCUCGGUGUCGACACCAAUUUUGCAUUCAGCUCUAGCAUUAUUACACAGGCACGAACAUGGCUUCAGGUUGUGAGGAAACAACUCACAGACGGAAUCGUUCAAGCUUGGAAGGUUCCCUCUAAUAGCCCCAUGUCUGUCAAUCAAGCAUUUCUCAUGGCGACCCGGAACGGCGGACGAGCUAUGGGGCGCGAUGAUGUUGGUGUUCUCAAAGUCGGCGCGAAAGCCGAUAUUGUCGUGUUUGACGCGCCCUCAGCGAACUUUCUAGGCUGGAGAGACCCGGUCGCUGCAAUCAUUCUCCACUCACAUCCUGGAAAUAUCGAACACGUCAUGGUAGAUGGACAGUUCUUGAAGCGCAACUUCUCGGUCGUCACCCUUGACGGUAGCCAUGUCAACAUCACCGAAGCUCGUGAGAGAUUCUUAGAGAGUGCAGAUCGGAUCCAGAAGAUAUGGCUCAACGAUCCUCCAGAGCUUGAACAGGGACAGAACGGAGCUGGGAUUCCUUAUGUUACUCUUGAUAGAGUUGAUGUUAUCGCCGGCGAGGGGAUAGGAUAUUAG